GUCACAACGCGGGGUGCAGAGAGGGGUACCCCAGCACGUCACAACUCGGGGUGCAGAGACGGUACCCCAGCACGUCACAACGCGGGGUGCAGAGACGGUACCCCCAGCACGUCACGCUGUGCCCUUUCCGUGUGGGAAGCAUGUGUUCUGCCAGGCCGAUUCCGUGCGUGCCACUGGCCAGGGCUUCAUGAAGAUGAGAAGGUCCUGGAAGCCUGAGGCCAGAACAUGACGGGAGGCAGCGAGCGGGGUGCUGGAGAGAGGGCUGGCAGCAGUGCCACAGCGCAGGUUCCCAUUGGCUGGCGCAGGACAGUGGAGAACGGGGCCGUGGCCUACAUCAGUCCCAGUGGGACUCUCUUGUCUUCAGUGGAGGAGGUGGGAUCGUAUCUGUUGACUGACGGCACCUGUAAGUGUGGGCUGGAGUGUCCACUGGUUGUGCACAAGGUAUUUAAUUUUGACCCGGGGGCGGUGUUGCUCCAGAGGCCCCAGCUGCCGGGGAAGGCGGAGGAGGACAUGACCAAGCUGUGUAACCACCGGCGGAAAGUGGUCGCCAUGGCGGCGCUCUGCCGCAGCAUGCAGGCCUCCCAUGGCACAGGAGGCCCAUUCUGCUCCAUGGAGAGCAGGGACCUGAGGGUGGGGCCCCUGGGAGCUCGGGAGGAGGGGGGCUGGGGCUCUUACUCCCCCCGUCCCCGGCCCUCAGCACAGCCCAAACUCAGCCCCAGCCCCACCCCUCCCCACCCCCCCCUGUCCUUCCCCUUCAACGGCUCUCUCCCCUUAUCCCGCCCCAACUCUAGCUCCCGCCUGUCGCCCAGGAAACCGCCCCCGCCGUCCCCAAACCGCUCCCCAUUCUCCUGCUACGGGCCCCAGAGCUCCUCCUGCCCCUCCCCCGGGGCGGGCCUGGGCCGGGCAGGGCUCGUCGGCUCCCCGCCCCCUUUCUCCAGUAGCCCCUCCCCUUGUGGGAGCCAGGACUGCCCCUCCCCCCGCCAGCGAUCGCGCCACUCUUCAGCCUCCUCCUCCUCUCUCUCCGAGCAGGGGGGCGUGGGGGUAGUGGUCCUAGCUGCUUACCCCCCGGGGGGCACCAGGCCCCCCUGCCCCCCUCACUCCCCGAAGUCCCUUCCCCCCGUCAGCCCCGUCAGCCGACUGGAGGACAUGUUGCAGCAGUACAAGGACGCCCCCCCCAGCCCCCUCCCCCUCCCUCAGCCGCAGAGCAACCAAAGCAACUUCCCGCCAGCCCAGAACCAGAACCACCUGGUCCCGCCCCCGGCCUUCGCCUCGGACCGGAAGAGCGCCGUGGCGGCUAGUGCGAACACCAACGCUGGCUUCCUGGGGCAGCUGCUGAGCCAGCAGAAGCAGCAGCAGCACGUCUCGUCCUUCCCUGCCAGCAGCCUCCUGUCAGCGGCUGCCAAGGCCCAGCUGGCCAGCCAGAUGAGCCGGAGCCCAAGUCACGGUGCUAAUGCUAACGCCCACGGGGCUAGCACUAACGCUAACGCCCACGGGGCUAGCACUAACGCCAACGCUAACGCCCACGGGGCUAGCACUAACGCUAACGCCCACGGGGCUAGCACUAACGCCAACGCUAACGCCCACACCCCCGGCGCUAAUGCCAAUGCUAACGCCCAGGCCCCCGGCGCUAACGCCCACGCCCCCGGCGCUAAUGCCCAUGCUAAUGCCCACGCCCCCGGCGCUAACGCCAAUGCACCCGGUGGCGUAAAGGAGGCUCCGCAGUCCAAGGUAUUAAUGAGCACUUUGCACAGUAGCGCCAGGACGCCUCCCACGUCUCACACCCUCCUGAUCCCACACUCGUCUCCCUCCCCAUCCUCCUCCUCCUCCUCCUCCUCCUCCUCCUGCUCGUCACCGCGUGGGCCCCGCCCCCUCCUGGACAAGGCCGCCGCGCAGCGCAGGCGUCAGCGCCGAUCCCCGACCGUGCUCAGCAUGCUGAAAGAGUCGCAGCUCUGCGGCCUCCGAGCGCCCAGCGAGCCUUCCUCCUCCUCUACCUCACACCCAGAGAGCCUCCCCCAGCCCGGCCCGCCCCCCAAGCAGCCGGCCGACGCCCAGGACAGCAAGAGGGCGGUGCCCACCCAGCCUCUCUCUGCCCUCCUGCACCUGCUCAGCAUCCAGAGCGCCCAGACCUCAGCCUCUGCAGGCCCCGCCCCCGGCCCCAGCCACGCCCCCUCCUCCCCGGGCCCCUCCCUAACCCUGCCUGCUCACUACCCAGCCCCACCCGCCUCACUGGCCCCCGCCCACCAGCAGCCCCAGAGCCCCGCCCACCCCUCCUCCCCGCUGGCCUUCCCUCCCGUGGGCGUGGCCGAGGAGAUGGCUGAUGGGCAGAACCCGGGCCCUGUCCUAACACUGGGGCAGAACCCCAGCCCUGUCCUCACACUGGGGCAGAACCCCAGCCCUGUCCUCACACUGGGGCAGCCCCAGGACGUGGGGGGGCAGAUCCUCAGCCUGCUUGGGCAGCUGACCUCCUGCCCCCCCGCCGGGCCCCUGGAGGAGAGGGGGCCCCAGGAGCCCAAUGGGGGCCCCACCCAGAGCCACAGUGUCGCUGCAGGCACCCUGGUGACGCUGGACCCCCGGUGUAGCCCCGCCCCCGGCCCGGCCCUGGCCCCACCCCCGUCGCCGGGGGAACCGCAGGGCGCCCUGCAGCUGGCGGAGUCCUUCCCCUUCAUGAGCCAGGACCAGCUGCUGCAGCUGCUCUCUGCCCACUCCCUGCUGGCCCCGCCCUUCCUGGGAUCCCUGCCAAUUGGCCUGUGGAUGGGGGGCGGGGCCCAAACCCAGGGCCCGCCCCAGACCCCACCCCCGCCCGCCCUGCUGAACCACAGCUCCCAGCUGAGCAUCCUGCCCUCCAUGCUGGGGGCGCAGGGGGACCUGCCCGUCAGCCUCCUGGGACUGCUGAACCCCGGCCUGCCCCCGCCGGCGCCCCCCCCGGGCGGGGCCCCCCCGGGGGAGCUGGGGGAGAAGCUGCAGGCCCUGCUCACGGCCUCCCUGCUGCUCCCGCUGGCCGGCCUGGGCCAGCCCCUGGACCUGCUGCUUGGCCAGCAGCCCUUCGAUGCCUCGGGGCUGGAGAAGGGCCCUGCGGGGGCCCCAGACUCGAGCCCCGGGCUGCUGGAGGCCCUGCAGUCCCUCCUGCUGCCCCCCCCUCCCCCCGCCUUCCUGUCCCUCAGCCCCGCCCUGCUCGCCGCGGCCCUCACCCUGCCGGACACGCCCCCUUCCCAGCAGCCCCUGCACCCCCACCCCCCGCAGGCCCCGUCUCAGGUGACCCUCUCCAGCCCUGCUCUGGGCUCCUCUGUGUCCUGCGCCUCCCUGAUGCCCAGCUCUGCGCCUGACGUGGCCGACGCCCUCACCACCAUGACCGGCCCGGGCAAAGCCCACGCCCUGCCCCCCCACCUCAUGCCCCCCCUGCUGGCCCCUGGGGUCCUGGCUGACCUGGCAGCUCUUGGCAAUAUGGGCGGUCUCCACAGCAUGAUGGGGGCUGGACCUCUGCUGCUGCCCCCUAUGCAAGCCCCCGGGCUGGGCAUGCCUCUGCUCCAGGGCCAGGCUGGAGGCCUGAACCCGCUGGCCUGUCUCCUCAAUAACCUGCAGCUGAACAUGGGCCCCGCCCUCUCCAUGGGAGGGGAGAAGCCAAUGGGCAUGCAUGAAGCGAGUAGCCCUGCCCCUCAGGACAACAUUUCAGCCAAUCAGCUGGCGCCGGAGCCCGUGCCCAACCCCAGCCACGCCUUAGGGCCCCAGCCACAGAGGGAGGGGGCCCCUGGGGCCCUCCUGGACCCCUACAGCUCCUUCAUGGACACCAUCUACACCUCCUUCCUGCAGGUCAGCGGGCGGUCCCCGGACCCCAGCCUGGCCCCGCCCCCCUCUGUCCCAGGGGAGGGGCCCCAGCCCAGCGCCCCGCCCCCCCUCAGCCCCCGACGGGCCUGCUCGCUGCGGAACCCCGACCUGUCCCGGCUGGGCAUGGAGGCGGCUCAGUCCCCCGCCCGUGGCACGCCCAAACUGAGCGAGGACACGCCCUCCCCGCCCGCCCCCCUGAGCCAGCGCAGUGAGCCCCCGGCCCCCCCCGCCUUCCCCGAGCAGGCCAAGACCGACUGCAGCUCCGCCCACCCAUACGGAGGCCCCGCCCACCCAUACGGAGGCCCCGCCCACCCCUACAGCAACGGGCUGCUGUCUGAGGGGGAGGGGCGGGGCGAGGGGCCACAGGGGGUCAACGGCACAGAGAACCACACAGGGCCUGAAGACGCCCUGGGAGAGAGGGGGCCCACAGUCAGGACUGGGGGAGCCAGGAGAGGCAGGAAGAGAAAGCAAGUGUUGCCACGGGAACCAGAUGGCUCCAGGGAGAUGGACACUGGGGUUUCAGAGGAGCCCAGAGCUACGAUGGUGCUACAGAAGCCGGAGAGAUCGGUAAAAAGCAAGAGGAGGAGGGUGUUCAGAUAGCGGCCAUUUUGAACCCUGUCAACACCAGCACUAUGGCAACCUCAGCUUCCUCCCCUUCACAGUUCAAUGUGAAUCUGAGCCAGAUGGUCAUCAAGACUUGGACACAUUCUCUCUCUCUCUUUCUCUCUGUCCUCUGGUCUUCUAGUAACUGCCUGCGGUCCUCACUGUAGUACUUCUAAUAACCGGAGGGAUUUACUGUCCAGUGUCUGAGUCCUUCUCAGCAUUAGUAAUACCACCAAUGUGUGCAUUAGACUUGAAUUCAAAGAAAACAUUAGUGUGUUUGUGUGUGCGCGAGUUUGUGUGCUUGUGUGUUUUCCCACUUUUUUAGUGCUGGACUUGAAAGCCAGCCGGCUGUAGGUGUGACGGCACGCUGUGUGUGAGUCGUGUGGUCACAACUGCCGGAUGCAGUCAGACGCCAUUUCAGCAGCAUCCGUGUCGCCAGCUGUUCCUUACGAAUGGGGAUUUGCUGCCACCUACUGGUCAGCUCAUAUCAUUAUCAAUUCAUAUUCAUCAGCUGAGGCAGGAAAUGGGGCCUCUAACUUUUUUAAGCUGCCUGGGGAUGUAAGGAAGAGUAUAGUCUGAGAAAGUCCUGGAGGUGCCUCUGUGUGCUGAUCUUCAGCCUUUCAUCACUUGUGUGUUUACUUCCUCAUUGGGGACGAGCCUGGUUUCCUUUCCUAAGCCUGUCGACUGAUUUUUUUAAGGAAACCACAAAAGAACUAAAAACCCUGCAGACACAGCUGCGCUCUGGGCCUAGAAUUGGGAGACCCCUGAGGGCUCAGCGGGGUGGUUUCUCUCCCUGCUGAUUGGAUCUCAGCCUGUUUCCCAAAACGGUCUCCGUACCCCUGGGGGUUUCACCCACCGUUCAUGUUAAAAAACAGUUCCUGUUUCAUCCCCAUUAGUUCAUCUCCUCGAGCUGCAUUGUCCUUCUUUCAGGUAGCCCCUUAUAAUGUCUCUGAACUGGCAACCCCCUACUGUACAGAGUUCCACAGCUACAGACCCACUGCUACACACAGCCAGUCAGUUACUGUGGGUCUGUGAGACAGACUGCCAGUCCCCUACCAACAUAGGCACAGUUACUGACCGUAUUUAAGUAAUAAAAGUAAUAAUGAAGCAGAUUAUGCAAUUUUUACUAUUGGAUUUUGUACAUAUGUACAGUUUUAGUAUUUUAUUUUGUACACUUUUUUUUUUUUUUUAGAAAUAAUGGUCAUUUGUAAAGUAUUACUCCCUCAAAACACCCUUCCCCAUAUUUACAGUUUUUUUGUUUUGUAAAGAAAAUACUUUUAAAAUUGUGAACUGUAGCUUUGUUUUUAU